AUGGCUGCUUGGGAGACUGAAGACGAGUUGAGCGGCGCCGCAGCGGCGGCGCUCCCCACGCCGUCCGCCACGCCCUACAGGACGCCAUCAAGAGGAUCGAGGAGAUCGCGGGGGUCGGUCACGCCUCCUGGAAUCAAAUCAUCUCCUCCCCCGCCCCUGCCCUCAGAGCGAAACGAGAGACACUCGAAGCGCUCUUCGAAGGACGUGACAAUCGACGAAUCGAUCAGCAUCCUGGAUCCGCGUCGGUUCACGCCUACUCUCCAUGCAAACUUGGUUGCGGAAAUCUUGAAUUUACGAAGGGACCAGGAAGACAAGCUCAAGUUCAUAGACAGCCUUGAGGCAACCCUACAUGCUACGCGCGAGGAGCAGGAGUCUCUCCAGGCCACUCUAGUCAACACUGCAAAGGAAAGCAGAUCUCUGAAACGUCAAUUGGCUUUGCUGGAGGGUGGAACGUCGUCGGCUCUCAGCGAGCUGGCCCGGGAGCGUGAUGAGGCUGUUGACGGCAUCACAGAGACAAAGAAACGUCUUGAGGUGUCUCAGAAGAAGGUUCGCAGCCAAGAGGAAGACUCCCAAAGGGUCCACGCCUUGUGGGCAAAGGAAAAAGAUGAUUGGGAAGAAGAGCGCCGGAAAUAUGAAAGGAAGCUGCACGUUGCGGAUACUCGGUUGAAGGCCAUUCUUGAUGAGGUGUCCACUUUCCAGGCUGCACAAGCCAAGGGCCAACAGACGGGUGUAGAUUCGGAACUCGAGGAUGCCACAAAGGACAAUGAUGCCGCUAGCAUGAGGUCAAUGAGUAUCACGAAUAGCGUACGAUAUUCGGUGGCUCCAACCAAGGCGAAUGGUCACAGUCUUGCGGACGAGCUUAACUUCGACGACGACGAUGAGUACGAGACAGACCCGGACGGGCGGCAGAGUGCUCUAUCAUACUUUGGUCACGGACGUACCCAAAGUCGAGACAGCACAAUGUCCAAAACGGCGCCUCAUGCUCAUCGACGUAACAUGAGCAGUGACAGUCAGAUACGGCCCGGAAGCGUCGCUCGCGGACGCCUGUUCAUGAACCAGUCUGUUCUGGACAGACUCGAGGGCGGCAUCCGGGAAGACGACGAGAACCCGCCCGCACCCAAGCCGACGUAUACGGAUACGGGUAUUCAGUUCUCACCACCUCCUUCGCCCAAGCUGGUUCCAGUGAAACCAUCAACGCCUGAACCAAUCGUCAAGACAGAUAAGCCACAAGAAUUCGAAAGCCCGCAUCGUGGUGAAUGGGAGGCGAACCAAAGCCGCAAGCGGGUUCAUAUCAACAAACUGCCGCCUAUUGAACCACCUAACGUAUCGAAGUUGAUGGUUUCUGCUGGGUCACAGACGCUAGAAGCACCACUCAGCCCGCCUCGAACACCCGUGACGCCACUUCAGGUUGUCUCGUUGCCAUCUGUUGAGGUUAAGCCUAAUGCAGCUCAAAUGGUAACCUCCGGUACACAAACGGAGAACACGCCCGCUGAGAGGCCCCGUUCUGUCGAGCAGUUGACAAUUCCUAGCAUCAGUAUACACCCACCGACCAGUCGGCCCCCAUCCCCACAUGCCCAUCGACUGCCUCAGUAUGUUAAAGACUUUGGCUGCCAGGUUUCCAUUCUCCAAGCAGUUCCAACGAUGUCCACCGGUGUCCAGACUGAUGAAAUCCGGGUCGAUACGCGGCUCGAUAAACUGCCCCCUCAUCUCCAUCCAUCUGCCAUUCGAUCUCGCCCGGCAUCGCCAAAUAUCGCUGCGCCUACUGUGGGUGGGAAUGGGAAUAGUUUUACGCCUCUUCCAGGGAACCUACCGGCGCGGAAUCCCCGACGUUUGGCUACAAAACGAAGUUUGACUAACGACAUACCUUCGUCGCCCCCGACGUCACCAGGAUAUAACGAUAUCGAAACCCACGAUGCGUACCCUGGUAACAACGAUGAUGGACCUUUGUCGAGCCAUCGGGCCCCAAUGAGACGGCCACAUCGCAUCAGCAGUCUGUUUGCUGGAUUUGAUGCGGGGAGUUCGGAUGAUGCCGACGAUCUGGCGGAUGGUGACGGCAGCGAUUCGGAGUUUCGAACAGCAUUAUCUGCGCCGAUGUCGAAAGCUGGCCGCCAUAGGCAGCGAGGAUCUGCAGGGACGACGUCGACUAUCGACCCAGCCCCUUCAGUUCCUCGUGAACCUCGAAGCUCUAUGAGGCAGAUGGGCAGCUCUGAGAUUUACAGCAGCUUCAAUCUCGCUCAGGGGCGCGACACGGUGACCCGUAAGCCUUCCAUCAGCAAGCCAAUGGCAUCUCGGCCAGGAGCAAUGCGGAAGUCUGCAAUGAUCCAGAGCGGCAUCGCGUCUCACCAGGGACGCUCUCGAAGCCCUAGCCUACCGGACCAACGAGACCCGCCGUUUCCGAUUCCUACCAGGGCAAGCUCGCGCAAACCGCCUUUCAGUUCUAGCAAUCCCAGUGACGGUCAGCACAGCCCGACUAGAGUUGGAGAGAGUUGGCACCGCCGCAUGAGAUCUGGGCCAUAUGGGCCGCAUAGAUCAAAUAGCAUUCGCAAAUCCCGCUCUGCCGCAGCUAUACCUCGCCAGCAGAGAUUGCGCCGCCAAAGCCGUUCUCCGCCUCCAAUGUCGCCGUCCGACGAAGCACCUAGGAGUCCUGGCCUGCCACCUUUGCCGAACAACGACAUUACCACACCGAGACGCGAUUACAGAGCGCCACGGUACCGAGGUCAUCGGUCUCAGCCCUCGACGACCACGGCCAACACUGAAAACACAAACAUGAACUCAGUUGCCAGCUCCCAACCCGCCUCGAGCGUCGUAGAUGCGAUCGCUCAAACCAUGGUGGGAGAAUGGAUGUUCAAGUAUGUAAGGAGACGGAAAUCAUUCGGCAUGGCCGACACGAAAGCCGAAGAGAGCAAUGACCGUCACAAGCGAUGGGUAUGGUUGGCGCCAUAUGAGCGCUCUAUCUUGUGGAGCAGCAAGCAGCCAGUGUCUGGAAGCGCCUUGAUGGGCAAGUCUGGACGUAAGCUAACAAUCCAGUCGGUGCUGGAUGUCAAGGACGACAACCCGCCCCCCAAGGGGAUCACUCAGAUCUUCAACCGCUCCAUUCUUAUUUUAACACCGCAGCGAGCGCUCAAAUUCACUGCCACCUCGUCAGAGAGACACUACUUGUGGCUGACAUCUUUGGCAUUCUUGGCCCAUUCUCAACAGGCAGUUCCAGACAUGAUCUCGCCCGCCGCACCCCCUCCGUUGGGGCCAACGGCAGCGAAACUGGCACCCACUCCUGAUUUCGGGCCGCUGCCCAGCAAGUCGAGGAAGCCUGGCAUACGUGACUCCAUAAUGCUGAAGAAGGGCAAGGGUACGGCGGCAGUACGACCGGAGGCUCCUGCCCAUGGCAACCAACUGGAAGAAGCGCCGACAUUCAGACCCGAAUCGUUUGCUCCUGUUCUAGGCCACGUGCGGGACCUGUCACGGGAUGUGGCAGAGCCGCCACUCGUCCCUCGAUACCAAGAGCGGACCAUGGAACGGGUUCACGAACGUGCCAACCAGGUGGUUCUUCAUGGACGUAAGAGGAGCAACACGGGCGGUCACAUCCCACCACCGAUUUCCUUCCGUGGCUUCUCUUCACCAAUUCAAAGCUCAUAUCACACAUCUACCAACAGCAAUGCCAGCAACAGUGUAGGCACAGCUGGAAUAUCUGACAUAUACACUCAAGGGUCGAGCAACGGCCACUCGGGGCAAUCCACCUGGGCCAUGAGUACAGUCGGUUCUCAGCGGACGUCAGAGGCGUCAUCACGGCCCGGAAACAACUUCUUUGAGGCCAUCGGCACGGUCCGCAUGGAAGCGUUCAUUAGCCCACUAGCUUUUCCGAGCGUCAAUGAGUACCCGGACGAGCAUGAGGAGCUUCGGUAUAGAGCGAGGAGACGGAGCAAAGAGAUCCGUCGUCGCCGAAGCCGCAGCAGGCACCGGGAUAGCUACAACUCGCGGACCACGCGCGGCACGGACGACUGGCAUGGAGGAAGCAGGACCGGAGGUGAGGAGGACUACUUCCGUGAUGACCCUUUCAAGGGUUUCUAG